UUUUUAAAAAAAAAAACAUUAAUAAUAAUUGUAGACUAGUAGAUAAAAGCAGAAGGCAGAGGUAACAAAACAAAAAUAGAAAAUGUGUAAAUGACACUAGUUAGGGAGAGAAGGCACCAACAGGGACUCCGUUUAUCCCUACCGUCACCGUUAGCGGCAGCUGAUUUCCGGCAAUGGUCCCAUUAUGCAGCGUUGCUCUCAGCUAUUGGUCCAACAUCCCCAGACAUCGAAAGCCUCUCCGACCUCGAGAAACUCACCGUAAUUGGCCAUGGCAAUGGUGGCACUGUCUAUAAAGUCCGGAACCGUAAAAGCUCGUCGGUUUACGCGUUAAAGGUCCUCCGUUUCGAUCAAAACGCGGCUGUAAUACGGCACCAGGUGGCAUGUGAAGCUGAAAUCCUGAAAAGGGUUGAUUCACAAUUCGUUGUGAAAUGCCUCGCAGUGUUUGAUACUAUAGGGGGAGACCUGUGUUUCGUUAUGGAGCACAUGGAGAAAGGAUCCUUGUACGACGAGCUCCGAGUGAGGGUGAAGUUGCCUGAGGAUGUUGUUUCGGUGAUUGCCCAAAGAGUUGUACGAGGGUUGCAGUAUUUGCAUGGAAUGCAAAUCGUUCAUGGCGAUAUAAAACCAUCAAAUCUGUUGAUAAACGGGAAAGGAGAGGUGAAGAUUGCAGAUUUUGGAGUGAGUAAGAUUGUUGUUGAGACGCGGAACGCGUGUGAGGCGUGCAUGGGUACGUGUGCUUACAUGAGUCCUGAAAGGGUUGAUCCAGAGAGGUGGGAUGGGGGCAACGCCAAUGGUUUCUCCGGUGAUGUUUGGUCGCUAGGUGUGGUGCUAUUAGAAUGUUUGGUUGGCCAUUAUCCGUUGAUUGGUCUCGGGGAGAAGCCUGAUUGGGCAGCUUUGAUAUGUGCCAUAUGCUUGGGAGAGAGGUUGGAGAUACCGGAGACGGCUUCGCCGGAUUUUAGAAGCUUUGUGAGGAGGUGUUUGGAGAAAGAUUGGAGAAAAAGAGGGUCGGUGGAUGAGCUUCUUGAUCACCCUUUUGUGAAUAGGAUUUUGUGAGGCGGCUCUUUAUUCUAAUCAAGCAAGGACUCAAAUGGAAUUUGCCUUGCAUUUGCACCAUUGAGUUCCUUCUUCAAUUUUGCUAGAAAAACAAAAACUUUGUUUCCAGUUUUAGUUUUUCUCCUCAUAAUGCGACCUUUCUGGGUUUCCAAGCAUGUGAAGUUUGCCAUUGUUAGAAAUGGGUGGAAAAUCAUGUGCAGAGAAAUUUUAUAAAAAAAAAAUUCCAUUUUGUUGGAAAUGAGUGAAGGGUUCAAUUAAGCAAAGAGAUGGUGCUAAAUGGUGAAAUAUUUGCUAUAUUUAAAACAAACAAACAAAACUCUACUCUGAUUAACCCUUACAAAAUGAUAUUACCAGUUGCAAUCGGUUCCACUGUAAAAACUCCCAGUAAUUGUACCGGGCUAUUAAAGAAUUGGCCUCAUUGUACUU